GUUGCCUUUGCCUCAGGAGCCUUUGCUGCUCCCCUCCUCUCCGGCUAUGGAGGAGAUUCCACCGUCUGCCCCAGCGGACUCUACAGCACCCCUCAGUGCUGUGCCACUGACAUUCUUGGUGUUGCUGCUUUGAACUGCUACGCCCCUUACACCGCUCCCACUGAUGUGAACGAUUUCAAGGCUGGGUGUGCUACCUCUGGUCAGCAGGCCAAGUGCUGUGUUCUCCCAAUUGCUGGUCAGGAUAUUCUGUGCCAGGAUGUUAGCCCAAGCGCG